AGCACCGCUUCUCCAUCGUCGCCUGUUUUCCCAGAAGCCACCUCACCAGGAAGUGGUGUGCCGGAGAGGUCUUUUUUGACAAUGAUUGAGGAAGAAGAAUUUGAAUUUGCUGAGGAUUUGGAGGCUAUUUUGCAUCUUACCCCAGAGGUGCAACUAGCCAUUGAACAGGUUUUCCCCAGCCAGGACCCCCUGGACAGAGCAGACUUCAAUGCUGUAGAAUACAUCAACACACUGUUCCCCACCGAGCAGUCUUUGGCUAAUAUUGAUGACGUGGUUAACAAGAUUCGGCUAAAGAUCCGGCGCCUGGAUGACAACAUCAGAACAGUUGUGAGAGGCCAGACCAAUGUGGGCCAGGAUGGCAGACAGGCUCUGGAAGAGGCCCAGAUAGCCAUCCAGCAGCUCUUUGGCAAAAUCAAAGACAUCAAGGACAAGGCAGAGAAGUCUGAACAAAUGGUCAAGGAGAUUACAAGGGACAUUAAGCAGCUGGACCAUGCCAAGCGCCACCUAACCACAUCCAUCACCACCCUCAACCACUUGCAUAUGUUGGCAGGGGGUGUUGACUCUUUAGAAGCCAUGACCAGGAAACGGCAGUAUGGUGAGGUGGCCAACCUGCUGCAGGGAGUGGUCAAUGUGCUUGAACAUUUCCACAAGUACAUGGGCAUACCCCAGAUUAGACAGCUUUCUGAGAGAGUAAAGGCAGCUCAGAGUGAGUUGGGGACUCAGAUCCUGGCAGAUUUUGAAGAAUCUUUCCCCUCUCAAGGCUCCAAGAGACCAGGCGGUCCCAGUAACGUGCUAAGAGAUGCCUGUCUGGUGGCCAAUGUGCUGGAUCCGCGCAUUAAACAGGAAAUUAUCAAAAAAUUCAUCAGGCAACACCUCUCAGAGUACCUGGUGUUAUUCCAGGAAAACCAAGAUGUUGCAUGGCUAGACAAGAUCGAUCGCCGCUAUGCCUGGAUCAAACGGCAGCUGGUGGACUACGAGGAGAAGUAUGGACGCAUGUUUCCUGAGGAGUGGUGCAUGACGGAGCGUAUUGCUGUGGAGUUCUGCCACAUCACCAGGAUUGAGCUAGCCAAAGUGAUGCGAACACGGGCUAAGGAGAUUGAGGUGAAGCUGCUUCUGUUUGCUAUUCAGAGGACUACAAACUUCGAGGGUCUUCUGGCCAAACGUUUCACAGGAUGCACCUUGACGGACACACCCGGACAGAAGAAGACAGAGAGCCCUCUCAACUCCACUAACCCCUUCCUGGAGGAUGAGGGAGGUGAGGAUAUGGGCGUGGAUAAAGACGAGGACCUGGCUAAGCCAAGGAAGCCAAAAGCUCCGGACAACCCUUUCCAUGGCAUUGUCUCCAAGUGCUUUGAACCUCAUCUCUACGUCUACAUAGAAUCACAAGACAAGAACCUGGGCGAACUGAUUGACCGGUUUGUGGCUGACUUCAAAGCACAAGGUCCACCGAAGGCAGGCACCGAGGAGGGCGGAGCAGUGCUGCCCAGCUGUGCUGACCUGUUUGUCUAUUACAAGAAGUGCAUGGUGCAGUGCUCCCAACUGAGCACCGGAGAACCAAUGAUCGCCCUCACAACCAUCUUCCAGAAAUUUCUCAGAGAGUACGCUUGGAAGAUCCUCUCUGGCAACCUGCCUAAAUCCAACAGUAACAGCGUUGGUCUUACCAUCAGCAGUCUGCUGAAGGAGAAAGAAGGCUCCGAAGCUGCAAAGUUCACCAUGGACGAGCUCUGCCUGAUCUGUAGCAUCCUGAGCACUGCGGAGUACUGCCUGGCUACCACACAACAGUUGGAAGAGAAACUGAAGGAAAAGGUAGACAAACUCCUAGUGGAGAGAAUUAAUUUGACAGGGGAAAUGGAUACAUUCAGCACUGUGAUCUCAAACAGUAUCCAGCUACUCGUUCAAGAUCUUGAUGCUGCCUGUGAUCCUGCUCUUACUGCUAUGAGCAAGAUGCCCUGGCAGAGUGUAGAGCAUGUGGGUGACCAGAGUCCCUAUGUGACGUCAAUCAUCAUGCACAUUAAGCAAAAUGUGCCGAACAUCAGAGACAAUCUGGCAUCCACACGCAAAUACUUCACACAAUUCUGCAUCAAGUUCACAAAUUCUUUCAUUCCCAAAUUUAUCAACCACCUGUUCAGAUGUAAGCCUAUCAGCAUGGUGGGCGCUGAACAACUCCUCCUUGACACUCACUCCUUGAAGACAGUCCUGCUGGAUCUACCCUCCAUAGGCUCCCAGGUGCUCCGCAAGGCACCUGCCAGCUACACCAAAAUAGUGGUGAAAGGCAUGACCCGGGCAGAGAUGAUCCUUAAGGUGGUGAUGGCCCCACAUGAACCGCCAGUGGUGUUUGUUGAUAACUACAUCAAACUCCUGGCUGAUGGAAAUCCUGAGACCUUCCAGAAGAUUCUAGACAUGAAGGGUCUGAAGCGCAGCGAACAGAGCAGCAUGCUGGAGCUCUUCAGGCAGAGGCUACCAACUCCACCUUCCGGGGCCGAUGGCGGCUCCUCUCUCUUCAGUGCCCCCACCCCUGAACAGGAGUCCUCUCGCAUCCGCAAACUAGAGAAACUCAUCAAGAAGAGACUGUGAACAGACACACAUUGAAAGUGCAACUUGAAAAUGAAAGAAGGCUGCUGGCUGGGAUGGUAGUCGAGUCUUUUUACUGUAAUUCAUCUCAAAGACUUCAUAAUGCUCCAUUCAGUUAUCGUGGAGAAAGAGCAAAACGUUGACUGAAUGUUCUGACUGACGGUAAUAUGGACCCAAGCUGACACUGGAUUAUGAAGAAACUUCCUCAAAUGCUUCUUGCUGUGGUUCCAUAUGUAAUUUACUUCUGUAAUUCCCCUACCUUUCUUUUCAUCACACCAAUGUUUUGUAACAUUAGUACAUCAUUGCACAGUGUAUGCAUUUAGAAAAACAAUUGUAGUGCUAUUGACUAAAUUGUGCUCAGAGAGCCUCUGGCUGCCUCUCUGGGACAUUUCUAAUCCACAACAAUUAUCAACUAUUUUAAUUCCAAGUAGGGGAUACCAGGUUGAAAUUCAUGUGCAUGUCUGCAAUCCAUUGAAGUGGACAUAGGUGUUGGUAUUGUUUGCGUGAACAGUGGCCUAAAAUUAGUCACUGACUCUGGGUUUAGAUUCCCCAAGUCUGGGACAAUUUGAAUCUUGAUUUCCUGCAUCAUCAGUCCAACAUGAGGCCGGAUUUCUCUUGGUAUUUUAUAAUCCAUCUAGGUUGACUUGAAAAUGAGAACCAGCUAGUGUAAUACUGGGCAGUAUACUAAGUAUGUGUACAUAAGCGAAUAUGUGCUGUCUUCUUUGUUUAAAAGUACAAAAUAUUAUUUGAUAAUUUAAUCGUCUGUCUCCUUUGCUUUGACAUGUAAACAAAGUUUUGUUCUAGUGUAUCGAUUUAUUCAUCCCACCAUAUCCACAGGCAGAAUCGCACAGAGACGAGAAAAUGCUCAAAGAUCUCGGAGUCCCUAAAGCUGCUCCCUCACAUAUAAUCAUCAUAGUCUGUAAAAAUGGAAAAUCAGCUAUUUAUUUGCAGUCAAUGCCCUAAUCACUGAUUUGUAUGCCAGUGCCUCUCAGUCGUAGUAGCUCAAGUCAAUGUUACUGCAUUAGUGUACACCAGAGGGAGGCAACUUUAGGCAUACGUGCCACCAUCGGUUUGCUGUGGCUUAACCAAUGACACACUCAAUGGGCAAGAGAGUUUUUAGGAAAUGUUGCGCAUUCAUCCUGCCUACAUGACCCCAAUCAUGGCUAGUACUCGUUGUCUUCUUUGCUGAAUGUUAUUGCUGAUUAACAAGAUAGGUGGAAGAUUGGUAGUAUUCAUUAUUUCAGCUCAGAUAUGUUUUUUGGGUUUUUAUCAGCCUUCUUGUAUAGUGCUAUCAUUUUAAAUUACAACCACCUGAUAAUGGAAGAUUUUUUUUUUUUUUAAAUUAGCUAUUCAUUUGAGAUUUAAAUUUGAUUGUGCCAUUAUUAGACCUAAAGAUAACUUUGAUGUUGAUAGUUCACACUGAUAACAAGAAAAACAAUUCAAUAUCAAAAAGGUUGCCCACCCCUGGUGUACACAUCCAUGCCUUUCAAAUGCUGCUUGUUUGUAUUGUCUAAAUGAUGUACUACACAAGCAAAUGUUGAACACUAUUAAAAUAUUA